AUGGACUCCGACAUGAUGGAUGACGAUGUCUUUAGCCCGGACAACGAGUCUGAUGGCUAUGUCCCUGAGCUAAAACCCGCCGCCUCCAAGGCAAAAAAGCUCACACAAACGACGCUGAAGCCAAAAGCGCCAGCAAAGAAACGCAAGGUCAUCAGCGACGAUGAAGACGACGGCAAUGACUCGAUGGGCUUCUCAAACACCCCCCCAAGCUCUAAAAAAACAAAAAAAGCCCCCCCAGCCAAGAAAUCAAGCGGUGUGCCCUUGGCAGAACUCGAGAAUGACAGCAUGGUUGUGGACUCAACUCCAAAGCCUGCCGGCAAGAAGAAGUCAGCCACCGAGACAUAUCAGAAACUCACGCAGCUUGAGCACAUCAUCAAGCGCCCCGACACAUACAUUGGUUCAGUCGAGUCGACAGAGCAGCAGAUGUGGGUUUACAACAAGGAGGCACAGUUAAUGGAAUACAAAACCAUUAGCUUCGUUCCUGGUUUCUUCAAAAUCUUUGACGAAAUCAUGGUCAACGCUGCUGACGUCAAGCAGCGUCACGCUUCCAUGACCUACAUCAAAGUCAAUAUUGACCGCGAGUCUGGCCAGAUCUCGGUUGAGAAUAACGGUAAGGGUAUCCCCGUUGAGAUGCAUGACAAGGAAAAGAUUUACAUUCCCGAACUCAUCUUCGGUCACCUGCUUGCCGGUUCCAAUUUCGACGACGAGGAGAAGAAAACUGUCGGGGGUCGUAACGGUUAUGGUGCAAAGCUCUGCAAUGUUUUCAGUACAGAGUUCAACCUGGAAUGUCAAGAUUCCACCAACGGCAAAAGAUACAAGCAGACAUGGACGGAUAACAUGUCCAAGAUGGGCAAGGCCAAAAUCACAUCAAACAAAACAUCCGACUUUGUUCGCAUCACUUUCAUGCCCGAUUACAAGCGCUUCGGAAUGUCCGACGGUAUCGAUGAUGAUUUGGAAAGUCUUCUCUAUCGCCGAGUCUACGACUUGGCCGGCACUAUUCGCGGCAUCAAAGUUCAUCUCAACGGAGAAGUCAUCAAGAUCCCCACCUUCAAAGCCUACUGUGAUUUGUACGCCAAGUCAAUCGCCAAGGAGCGAGUCGCCGAGGAGGGCGGCAAUCCUACAUGUAAUGUCGAGAUUGACAAAGAAAAGACACAUCCGCGAUGGGAAGUUGGCUUCGCAGUUUCCGAUGGUACUUUCCAGCAAGUCUCAUUCGUCAACAACAUUGCAACGACAAGCGGCGGAACCCAUGUCAAUUAUAUCGCAGAUCAGAUCACCGCCAGUCUUCUGAAGACGCUGAACAAGCGCAAGAAGGGACACACUCUGAAGCAAAGUCAUUUGCGAAACCACAUUUUCAUCUUCAUCAACUGCUUCAUUGACAAUCCGGCAUUCACAUCGCAAACCAAGGAGCAAAUGACUACAAAAGCCAGUCUCUUUGGUAGUAAAUGUGUUCUGGGCGAGCAAUUCUUAAAAAAGAUUGCUCAAUCUGAAGCUGUACAGAAUAUCAUGGAUUUUGCUGAAAAGAAGGCGGACAAGAUGAUGGCCAAGAGUGACGGUAGCAAGCGCUCACGUGUGAGCAACGCCAAGCUCGUCGAAGCCAAUUUGGCGGGUUCGCGUCGUGGUCACGAAUGUACUCUGAUCUUGACAGAAGGUGAUUCCGCCAAGGGUCUGGCUGUGUCCGGCAGAGCUAUUCUCGAUCCCGAUCGAAUUGGUGUUUUCCCUUUGCGAGGCAAGCUUCUCAAUGUCCGAGAUGCGUCCAUUGAUCAAAUCACCAAGAAUCAAGAGAUUCAAAAUAUUAAGCAGUUUCUCGGUCUCAAGCACAAGCAGAAUUACACCGAUACAAAAUCCCUCCGUUAUGGCCAUCUAAUGAUCAUGGCCGAUCAGGAUCACGACGGUAGUCAUAUCAAGGGCCUUUUGAUCAACUUUCUGCAAGUCCAGUUUCCGUCUUUGCUUCAGAUUCCCGAUUUCUUCCGUGAGUUCGUGACACCCAUCAUGAAAGUCUGGCAAGGAUCGGACCCCAAGAAGCCUACAAAGUUGCAAACUUUCUUCACUCAGCCCGAAUUCAGCGAAUGGAAGGAAAGUCACAAGCACGAACUGAGCAGGUGGCAUUCAAAGUACCUCAAGGGUCUGGGUUCCUCUUCGAACGAAGAUGCUCAAGUCUACUUCACCAACCUGGAUAAGCAUCUCAAGGAAUUUGAAGUCAUGCAGCCUGAGGAAGCCCAGCUUUUCGACCUUGCCUUCUCCAAGAAGAAGGCAGAUGCGCGAAAGGAGUGGCUUGGGAACUUUGUUCCCGGUACUUAUCUAGAUCAUGGUACCAAGGCCAUCACAUACACCGAUUUUGUCAACAAGGAGUUGAUUUUGUUCAGCAUGGCUGAUAAUAUGCGAUCCAUUCCGUCCAUCGCAGACGGUUUAAAGCCCGGUCAGCGUAAGGUCCUCUUCUCUUGCUUCAAGAAAAACGUGACAAAGGACAAGAAGGUAGUUGAACUGGCAGGUUAUAUCUCUGAGCAGUCGGCCUACCACCAUGGUGAACAAUCGCUUCAGCAGACCAUCAUUGGUCUCGCUCAGACAUUCGUCGGCUCUAACAAUAUUAAUCUCCUGGAGCCCAGUGGUAAUUUCGGUUCUCGUCUUGCUGGUGGUUCCGACGCCGCGAGUCCUCGUUACAUUUCCACACGCUUGUCUCCCUUUGCGAGAAAAAUCUACCUCGCGGAGGACGAGCCCAACUUGAAGCAACAGUACGAUGAUUCAAAUGUGAUUGAGCCCGAGGUAUAUACCCCAAUCAUUCCCAUGAUUCUCGUCAACGGUGCCGAUGGUAUCGGCACUGGUUGGAGUACCUCGAUCCCAAAUUAUCACCCCACAGAUAUCGUCAAGAACCUGAAGCGCCGCAUGGGCCGUCUGAACCUGGCAGAAGAAGAAGAGCUGCCUUUUGAGCCUAUGAUGCCCUGGUUCCGCGGGUGGAAGGGUACCCCCGAGGCUGCUGGCCCCGACCGUUACAAGUUCAAUGGCAUUGCGUACCAGAAUGAUCAGAACCCGAAUGAAGUGGUAAUCACUGAGCUUCCCAUCAGAGUGUGGACCGAUGAUUUCAAGACCAAGUUGGAAAAGAUCAUCAGUGGCACAGAAGGUCCUGCCUGGAUCAAAGAUUACAAAGAGUUCAACGAUCACAACACCGUGCACUUUGAGAUCAUGGUUGAUGAGAAGUUCAUGCCCAAAGUUCUUGAGGAAGGGCUCUUGGAGCGAUUCAAGCUUCAAAAGCAGGUUGCCACCUCUAACCUAGUUGCCUUUGACAUGCAAGGCCGCAUUCGCAAGUACGACAAGGUGGAAGACAUCAUGGAGGAAUUCUACCAUUACCGACUGGAUAUGUACUCGGAGCGAAAGAAGUACUGGCUCAAUGUGUACCACCGUGAUUAUCGCAAACUCAAGAAUCAAGCUCGGUUCGUCCAGGAAAUUAUCAGUGGCGUCUUAGUAGUUGGAAAGAAGAAGAAGCAGGCUUUGGUUACAGAACUGCGCGAGCGCAAAUACGAGGGUUUCCCGCCCAGCAAACCUGGCGCCAAGGCAGAGGAGGAGGAGCUCGGUAACGCGUCCGACGCCGAUGACGACUCUUCCGGUGCACUGGAUGCCGGGUCGAAAGACUACGAUUACCUCUUGUCCAUGGCAAUUUGGUCUUUGACUGCCGAGCGUUUGCAGAAACUACUCGACGCUAUCGCAAAGAAGAAGGCUGAGCACGACGAGCUUCAGGCAAAGAGCGAAAAGGAUCUGUGGUGUGAAGACCUAGACGCAUUAAUGGCUGAGUGGGAUAAACAGGUUGCCAUUGAUGCCGAGAUUCAGACCAAGAUUCGUCGUUUGGGCCGCCGUGUUUCGAAAAAGAUAGGUGCUGGCAAGAACCGCAAGGCCAAAGAUGAAGAUGAGUAUGAGCCUGAAAAGAAGAGUCGAGCCAAGGGCAAAGCCGCUGUGGCUAAACCAAAAGUGGAAACCAAGACAGCCCAGCGCUUUGCUGACAUGUUCAGCUCCAAGCCAAAGGUCAAGAAGGAAAAUGAUGCAGAUGUUGUCGAGCUGUUUGACGACUUUUCUGACGAUGACUUUGCUGCUCUUAGCAGGAAGCCGGCUGCAUCAAAGCGCACGAAGGCUGUCUCCGCCAUUGCUUCGGCCUCACAAUCCCAGUCCGAAGAGCCAGAAGCUCGUCCAGUCAAGAGAGCGGCAGCUUCCAAGGCAAGAGCCCUAUUCGAUGCCGACUCCGCAUCGGAGAACGAAGAUGACGAUGUGGUCGACGUCGACUCUUUGGUGAAGGGCAUUGGAGCACCGAAAAAGAGUGCGUCGCCCGCACCCUUGAGCAAGUCGAUCUCCGCACGCUCCUUCCAAAUUGAUGAUGACGACGACGAUGUUCUUGGAUCAUCCGCACCAGCCAAGCCCAUAACCAAGGAGGAUAUUCUUGACAGUCUUCUGUCCGAUGAAGACAAGCCUUCGACGUCGAAUAUCUCAGGAUAUGCGGCAUUGAAAAAAAUUGCUCGCCCCAAGGCCGUUGCUGCCAAAGCCAAGCCAAAGGCGGCAGCUAAACCCAAAGCUGCAAGCAAGCAAACUACCCUGUCACCAGCUGCAAAGGCGUACGCAGCAAGAAAAGCCUCUGCACUCGCGGACGAUUCGGAUGAAGAUAUGGCUGCACCUGGAUCACCGAGUCCCAAGCGGGCUCCUGCGCGCGCUCGCCCAGGUCGCGCAGCUGCGGCCAGGAGGCCAAUUGUCGUUGACGAGGACGAUUCGUUAUUGGCUGACGAUCAGGAUGAAAGCGCUGAUCCGUUUGAGAUGGAUGAUGAUGACGACUGA